CCUGAGGAGUAUGCGCAUAAGAGAGAUGCGCGCCGGACAGUGAAAGGUGACGCUUUUGCGAUCGCGCUAAUCGAUUCGUUUGUUCUUGCAUUGAAAGAAGCUGCUUAGCUAUGCAAUUUUGUCGUGGAAUUUGUCAAAAUUUAUUUGUAAAGUGAUAAGCUAGUAUAUUGAAAAAAGCACCGGCCUCGUGGUGCUCUUUAGUUGUUAGUUUGGAUAAGUACCACGAGGGAGUACAUCCGCCGAACGUAGUAACCGCUCGGCGAUUCUUGGAAAGUCAAACAGUUCGUAGACAAGGUACAUCGAAAUUUACUCCACACAAAUAUCUCAACUUUUCAACAGGGUGCUGGACACUUAACAGCCAAAACGAUUAAAGGUGAGUCACCAAAUGCUCAAUUUUCGAUUAGUCUUCGUAAAGAAAGCAGUCAGUAUUAGUUGAGAAAAAAUUAAAAAUGGCGGACACGAGUCAACAAGAGUUCUCUGAGCCUCAUACAAAUGGAGUAAUCGAUGGCUUAACAGAAGAAGAAAAAAGUAAAAUGAGACCCGCCGAUAUUGACGCAGAUAUGAGAGAAAUGGAGAGGAGAAAGAGAGUUGAAAUGAUGAUGAACUCGAGACUUUUCAGAGAAGAAUUGGAACGCAUUAUCGAAACACAAAUGAAGGACGGUUCAGGACCUUCUGGACUUUUGCAACAAAUAUCAGAAAUGAUGGGCCCACAAGGUGCUCGAUUUAACGCUAAUGUAUUUAAAAAUUCAAAUUGUGUCGUGCCUAUCAACGAUAUUCGUGGCGUUGAGAGUAUGGGUUACGCAAAGGGCGAGAAACUUUUACGCUGCAAACUAGCUGCAGUUUUUAGAUUACUAGAUUUGUAUGGCUGGACUCAGGGAGUGGGUGGACGGAUUUCUGCUCGCCUGAAUCAGGACCAAGAACACUUUUUGGUAAACCCUUAUGGUUUACUUUAUCACGAAGUCACUGCUUCCAGUUUAGUAAAAGUGGACAUGCAGGGAUCGGUUGUAGAACAGGGAACGACGAAUUUUGGUGUUCACAUCGCAGGAUUCCAAUUACACUCGACAAUACACGCUGCGAGACCAGACAUCAAAUGUAUCGUUCACAUCUCCACUCCGUCCGUUACAGCUAUAUCGUCAAUGAAAUGUGGUCUUCUUCCGCUUGGACAAGAAAGUAUAGUUAUAGGCGAAGUUAGCAACCAUCAGUACAUUGGCGGUUCUUUUGAGCCAGAGGAGAGGGAAAAAAUCACAAGGAAUUUAGGUCCAAUCAAUAAAGUUAUGCUCCUAACAAAUCGAGGUGCUCUAUGUUGUGGAGAGACAGUGGAGGAAGCAUUCUUUAAUGUUUACAAUACUGUGCUGGCUUGCGAAACUCAGUUGAAAUUAUUACCAGCUGGUCUCGAUAACAUGAACCUCAUCUCUGAAGAAUCAAAGAAAGCAAUUUUUGAGGCUUCCAGAAAACCCCCUGUUCCUCUACAGGCGUCAAUUGCAGAACCAUCGCCAUUGGCAGAGAAACUUGAAAAACGAUGGAGAAUUGGUGGCACUGAGUUCGAGGCUCUCAUGAGAAUGCUCGAUAAUGCCGGAUUCCGCACAGGUUACAUCUACAGACACCCGCUUGUCAAAAGUGAACCUCCAAGACCACGAAAUGAUGUCGAGGUACCUCCGGCUGUGUCUUCUCUUGGUUAUCUUCUAGAAGAGGAAGAACUUUACAAACAGGGACUAUGGAAAGGCGGACGCAAAGGAACUGACAGAACUCGCUGGCUCAACUCACCAAACGUUUAUCAGAAGGUUGAAAUUUUGGAAACUGGAACUCCAGAUCCGAAGAAGAUCACUAAGUGGGUGGAUCAAAACGCUGAGGAGUGGGUGACAGACGGAUCACCGACGCAUAGCAGUACUCCAGUCAAGAUUGAGAGUGCCCUUCAAUUUGUGCCCAAGAAUACCAAUCCAAAGGAAUUCAAACAACUUCAACAACAGAUCAAAGACUAUCGAAGGGCAGAUAAGAUCUCAGCUGGGCCACAAUCUCAUAUUUUGGAAGGUGUCACAUGGGAAGAAGCUAAAAAAAUGCAGGACGCUACUAUCAGUGGAACUGGAGAACAAGUAGUUUUGGUUGGUGCAGCCAGCAAAGGUAUUAUCCAAAGAGGAUUUCAACACAAUGCAAUGGUUUACAAAACACCUUACGCCAAAAAUCCAUUUGACGCCGUGACGGAUCAAGAACUCGAUCAAUACAAAAAAGAUGUCGAACGAAAGCAAAAAGGAGAUCCUUACGAUGAAUCGCAGUCUGAAUCGGAAGCCUUAUCAUCAUUUAACAUUAGUCGAGCAACGCACGAAUCUAGUACUGCCAAAAGCCCAAUCCAAUCGCCAGUCUCGGUUACUUCCGAAACAGAAGAAGAAAGCAGAGAUGAACCCAGAGUAUUACGGAUAGCAACAAAACAAGUGCCUGUGCCAAGUCAACCAGAAGUUGUAUUAAGUGAUGUGGAUGCUACUACUGAAUUCCUUAAUGAGAUGCGGCGUUCGACGAUUGAAUCACGAAACAAUGCCAACAAACGAGAUAAUGGUCCGUCAAGUACAUGCAGCAGUGAAAUUGAAGGUUUAUCUUACUCAAGCUGGCAAUCCUCGGAAUCCGUCGACAAUCCUCGUUUAGAAGUUACGAAAACUACAACAGUCGCGGAAAUCUUGAAACCCGUUCUGAUGAAAAUUGAAUCGCCAACAUUGUUGUCUUCUAAAAUUGAGAAUAUCGUGAUAAACGAUAAAAAAUCGCGUUCCUUUUUUAAUUCGAGACAAAAUAAUAUUUUAAAACGCGAAUUCUUUGCAAAUUAUGAGAAGCGAAUAAAUAAAAACAAGUUGGAGAAUUCGUGCGCGAUAGUUAAGUCUCUUAAUGAUAAAUUGAAAAACUAUUCUAACUUGACUUUAAAUUUAAAUUGUAGUGUAAAUGAAAGUGGAAUUGAAAAUUUAGAUAAAAAUCGAAAUAACGCGAAAAAACAUUUAGUCAAAAAAAUUAGUCCAAAGAUAAAAGAUUAUAUAGAUUCACGAGAUGAAAAUAGUGUUUUUAUCGAUGUCACAAAUAAAGAAGAUUAUUCCUUGAAGAAUAACAAAGGACAAUUGGAAAAUGAUGACACGAUGUUGAAGGAUGUAGGAAAUUAUUCCAAGAAUCUUGGAAGUAAAUCUAAAAGACGGUGCGUUAAAAAAUUGAAUAUUCCGUCGAAAAGUACGAAUACGUCGGUUGAUAAUUUAAAAAAUAUUGUAAUUAAGACACAAUUUCAUCCUCUGAUUCGUUGUAGUGAUGUAAUUAGCUCAACGGAUAGCGAAUCUAUUAGUGGAACAAAUGUGGACACAAAUGUCAAGAGCGAGGAAAUAAUCACUGUCGAUUGUAAUUUUGAUCAUUGUCAAGAAGUGAAUUUCAUUCAACAGCUUAAUAUAGAUUUGGAAGAGCAAGUUGAAAGUGAUUUGGAAAGUGACCCUCUUUCCCCAGAAUCACUGAGCGAACCGCUACAAGCGCCAAGUUUAGUUCGAAAAGUUUUAGAUUCGAAUUUUGAAAUUAAACCUGAUAGUUGUGAUUUGAUUAAGACGGAUUCAAAGAAAGAUGUCACGUCUGAUGAAAAUAAAGAUGAGCAUGGUAAUGAAUACCAUGUGGAGCAAAAUGCCAGCAUCAUUAUUUCAAAUGAAGAGGAAGAGUCGAGUGAAAAUAGAAAAUUAGAAAAUGAAUCUAUCGAUUAUUACACUAGCAACGAGAAUGAGACUAAUAAUGUUACCAAAGAUUUCUGUGAUGAAAGUAUAAAUAAAAAUGUGAUUACAGAACAAGUUUCUUCCGAUAGUAACGAUGGUAUCAUUCCUGCGAUAGAAAGUGAAAUAAAUGAACAAGAAAAAGAAUCUUUUGCUAAUAUUCAAGUUACCGAAGAAGUACCAAAAUCAAUCAAUUGUGAUAAUGUCGAUAUUAAUGAAAGUAUCCCUACAAUAGAAAGUGAAAGGAAUGAACAAAAAACGAUGAUAAAUGAAUUUCAGGACGAAAAAGAUAAAUCUUAUCAUGAUGACCGUGAUGACCAUGAUUCAUCAGUUAGCAAUGAAAGUGACAGCACUUCAGAGAAGAAUUUGAAUGAAACUUUUUCAAAAGUUUCCAUAAAAGAAAGUUGUUUCGAAAAAAAUGAAAACGUUGAAACGGAUGAAUUGCAAAUUUCGUCAAAUAGUUCAACAGCUUCAGAAUCUUCAUCAGAUAAAAAUAAUACGUUUUGCAAAGAAGAAAUUGAAAAUAGAGAUGAAAAUAUAAUUUCAACACAAGAAGAUGGCACAGGCAAUGAAUCGGACGUUUCGAAAAAUUCAGUUUUAGCUAAUAUGGAAGAAUUGGAAUUUAAAGAACAACUACCAACAGUUAAACAAAACUCUAUUGAUGAUAAAAUCAAAAUUGAACCUGAUCAAAAUAAAACAACUGAGAAGAAAUUUAAAAGCGAUGAAACAAACUGCAAAACCAUUUUACAGGAUACAGACAUAAAAUAUGAAGACUUUGUGAAAGAAAUACAUUCUUCCUCCUCAGAGGGAGAAAAUAAUUCUUUCAUUGCCAAAGAUGAGAAAGAAGAGGAGUGUUUUCAUCUGAAAGAAUUAUUUUCCAUUAAAGUUAACUCAGAAGAAUCCGCUUUUGAUGAAAUUUUCAACGUCGACUAUGAAACAAUAGAAGAUAUCGCAGAAUUCCCUUCGCAAAAACUAGAACGACCAGCACACGAUGAAGACAUUGAAGCUUUCAUAGACGAAAUAUUUUCAUUCAAACAUUCAGAUGUGGAUGUUAAUAAAUUAUUUUCAAAAGUCUACAAGAAGAUUGUUCAUAAUGAAGCUGAAGCUGAAAGUGGUAUUCAACAAGAAAUAGAUAAAAGUUCUCCAAAAAAUGAUAAUACCAACAGUGAAACUGAGAAAAUUCAACUAAUUCCAUCCGCAACAUCUGAGAGGCGAGACAGCAUCACCGAGAUGAUUAACAAUAUAAACGUGAAUUAUUCAUCGUCGAUAACGACAUUUGAGAAUCUUCCCGAAACAGAUAAUUCUCUCAAGUACAAUUUAGAUCCAACGAACAUGAGUUUGAUUUAUAGUUUGACACCGGAACUGUCCUCGAAGAAAGGUGUGUCGAGUAAAAAUACUUCCAUCGAAAUGAUGGGUCUCAGUCUUGAGAGUUUUGAACUAUUUGAUAAUUUAGAUUCCAGUAGAUGUUUAAAACACGAUAUAUUUGAGUGGCUCGAUCUCGCGAGCGUUAAGAAGGAGAAGGAUGAUAUUUUAGAUACACAAAGACAACUCACUCUAGUCAAAUCAUUUCCAAAUAUUAAAAUUCUAAAUGAUUAUUUGAGCGAUGAAACCAUGUCCGAUGUGGAGAAUAAUUCCACUCAAGGUUCCGAUAUUUUGGAACUCCCAAGUUCCACCUAUCUUGAACUCAAGAAAAAUGAAGAUGAAUCUUUUCGACAGGAAUUGAACUCGACUGUUAAUGAAAUAAUCAGUGAUUUGGAAAAGACGGAAAUCUACACGAGUGCUACGAAUUUCGUUGAUGAUAUUAUUUACGACAUAACUUGUUUAAAUAUGUACAUCGAUGUGAAAAAUCUGAAAGAGGAAGCGACACUGUUGAUGCAGAAUAGAAUUUACGCUUUUCUGAUUGUUAAGGAUAUUAUCGAGAGGUUAAUUUCGACUCUACCGGGAAGUGAUCAAGAGGAAUUGAAUUCUCAAAUUGAGAAUGAUUUGCAGUCCGAUACUUUGAAGAAUUUAGUAGGGGGCGAUGAGAAUUUAGACAACUUUAUUGUUAUCCGAGAGAUUGUACACCACAUAAUUGAUAAACUCGAUUAUGAAAAUCCUUCAGUUUGUAUACCGAAGGAAUUGAAAGAAACUGUCAACAUCGAACUGAAAAAGUGUCCCAAUAAAAUGUCCGACGAAACGGAAGUUGGAUUUCAAGAACUUUUGAAGAAAUUGAAAGAUGACGAGAUUUUACCUUGUGAUUGUCUCAACUGUCUGCCAACGGAAAAUAAGGAAAUUGCCGAGACACAAAAGGACAAGGAGUGUAUAAAACAGCUUCUGCACUUGAUGAGCAAUAAUCCAGAUUCAAUUCAAGAAGAAUGUCAAGAGGAAAAUUCGGAGGUAGAUUUCAAAGUUGGAGAAAUGCAGCCAAGAUUGAAGCCAAAAUUAGAGGAAAAUUCUCCGGAGAGCGACGACGAAGAUGACGUCCUGAACUUGAGAGAUAAAUUACUUACCAUGUUCUCAUCAGACAGUGAUAGAAAUACAAAAUAUCCAACGAGCACGGUAAAUUCUUCGCCCUCUGAAAUUCAGUCGGCCGAGUCGGAAAAUUUCGCCGAACAAGAAGUAACUUCCGAAUCGACCGAUAACGACACAAAAUCCGACAAUAGUAGAGAAAAGGAAACUCUACGACUCGAUACGGGAAAAGCCCAAGUCCUCAACGAUCAGGAAGUCAGUUUCCUGUGGAAUAUUAGAGAAAACAAAAUAGAAGAGACUUGUAAAAAUGAAAGAUUCCAAUUCCUCGAAAAAACUCCUUCCUUCAUUCAUUUCGGCGACUUUGAAGAAAAAGAAGAAGUCUGCACGUGUUGCCUGGAAGUGAACAUCGGCGAAGAAGAAUCAUCCUCAAAGCUCCCUCCAAUCGAAGAAAUGAACGAAUCCACCGAAUUUGUCACCAACGAAAAUCAAAAAUCCUUCGACCAUUCUCUACUCUCUCCUCGUAGUCUAGAUUUUUUCACCUGCAGGGACGGAAGUGACACAACCAAGGAAGACGUCGACUGCGACGAAAAUCAAAAUGCCACCUACUCCAUUUCCGAUGCAAGCGACAGCGACAAAACUUCAGAAUUGGAAUACAAUGCCGACGUGUCUUCGAAUUUGGAGAAGCGAAAAAACGAAUCGAUUUUACAGAGAACGAGAGAAGACUUUUGUAAUAACACAACUUUGAAUUUCGCCGACGUAUCAGCGAGUACAAUGAUAUCGGACGUGGACACAAAGGGAGAUUGCUUUCCAAAAAAGGAGUAUCAUUCUCGUGAAUUUGAAACUAGUCAAGAGUUGGAGUCGAUUUACAAAAAUCCACCCGAUUACAUGACGUAUUCGUACGACACUAAAGAAUUCAUGAAACUCGAAAAACAUCUCGAAGAACAUGACAGUGCGAUUUGUUGCAAUUUCAAAAAAAGUGAAUUUUCCCCAAUCGAUCAACAAUUUGAGGAAAAAUUUGAGGAAAAAUUUGAGGAAACUAGUUUGUAUAGAGUUAUAACUCAAAUGAAUCUUUCCGAUACUGAUAGUUAUUCAUCGAUUAGUUUAAAGAAUGAUUCUCGUGAUACAUUAGAAUAGAGUUAAUUCGAAAGAAUUAAAAAAAAAACUUUUAAGCACUUUAACGCUUUUUAAUCUUACAAAGAAAAUAAUAGAAUAGGAAGCACUUGAUUGAAACUUUAUAAUACCGUAAAGUAUUUUACUCUACCAAAUUAAUAUUAGAGUAUUGAAUAAUAUUAAAAUAUUAAAGAUUUUAAAUCUACAAUUCAAAGUAUAUUUUAUAUAAUUGAAAAUUUAAAACAAAUUUUACGUAUUAUAAAAAACAUAUUUAAAAUAUUUAAAAUAUUAAAGAAAAAAACAAAUGUUUUUCUAUAUAAAAUGCUAAAAGAAAGUAUUUUUAAUGAUUGUUACUUCGAGACUUGGAUAGAUUAAAAAUCGCAAAGCGAAAUAUUGCCGUGAUACCGAUAGACGAAACGUCACAAUUAGAAUUAAGUUGUUGAAUCAUAAAUGAAAAUAGCAUUUUAAAAAUGUAAUGGUAAAUUUGUGAAUUUUAAGUUGGAAAAAUCGCUUCUUUUGUUUUAUUUAAGGUAUAAUGUUUUUUGUUUAUGCACAAUUGCCAUUAUAUUUUUUACGCUAUGUAUAUAGCACGUGAUUAAUCCAUUGGCUUUUCAUAUCGCAUAUUUAUUUAUAAUUAUAUUCAUAUAUCACAAUUUCAUUGAAGAAUAAAGAAACUUUUGUAAAAACGAAA